AUGCAGGAUUGGGCACGCAGCGCACACAAACUUUCAAACGCGUGUAAAGAUGAAGAGAAGCAGCUUGGCUUCCGGCACAAGUGGUUCGAUCGCGUGAGGGACUUUGCCUUGGCUGUGCGUGCCUUCCAAAGGGCGCAGCGAAUUAUCGACCUAUUCUCUGCCGGCUCCUUUGGUGAUAGGUUUGCCGCUGAACUGGACAACGAGG